GCAGAAAAGUGGGCGGGCCCGUGUAUCCGGGAACUGCUGCUGACCCCCAGCGCGACCCUGCAGGAUUGCAAACAUGGCGGAGCCCUCCGUAGGGAAGUCGAGCCCAGGAGGCUCAGUGGGUUCCGUGGACCAUGACUUCGACCCCUCUGCGGACCUUCUUGUCCACGACUUUGACGACGAGCGCACCCUUGAAGAAGAGGAGCUGUUGGAGACGCCGGACGACACAAACCCCAACGAGAUUGAAGAUCUCGCCCGUGAGGGGGAAAUGCCCAUUCACGAGCUGUUGAGUUUGUACGGUUAUGGCGGUGGUUCCCCUGCGGAUGAGGACGAAGAGGAGGAGGAACCGGAGGAGGAUGAGGAGGAGGAGGAUGAAGAGGAAGAAGAGGACGAAGAAGAAGAAGAAGAGGAGGAGGAACUGGAUAAUGACGAGAGCAGCAGGAGCACUGGUGGCCUGAAGAGAACUGAGGUGGAGGGGGCCAAGACCCCGUCUGAGCUGGAGGACGACGCCAAGCCGCCCAGCGAGGGGGGGUUGGGUCUGGCCGGCGGACGCACGCGCUCGGUGCGCUCCCUGGGCACGGCGGACCUCAUCCGCACGCAGAAGCUCAAAUACUUUGAGGGCCACGACGCGGAGGACGAGUCUGAGGAGGACGAGGACUACGUCCCAUCGGAGGACUGGAAGAAGGAGAUCAUGGUGGGCUCCAUGUACCAGGCAGAGACCCCCUCGGGUCUGACUAAAUACAAAGAGAACGAGAAGGUGUAUGAGAACGAGGACCAGCUGCUAUGGAACCCUGAGUGCCUUCCGGAAGGCAAGGUAGUGGAAUUCCUGACGGAGGCGUCACGGCGAACCGGAGAGGAGACGGGAGUGGACGCCGUUCCCGAGGGAUCCCACAUCAAAGACAACGAGCAGGCUUUGUACGAGUUGGUCAAGUGUGACUUUGACCCCGAGGAGGCCUUGAGGAGACUCAAGUUCAACGUGAAAGCGGCCAGAGAGGAAUUGUCCGUCUGGACUGAAGAGGAAUGUAGAAAUUUUGAGCAAGGUCUCAAAGCCUAUGGAAAAGAUUUCCAUCUAAUACAGGCCAAUAAGGUGAGAACUAGGUCUGUAGGAGAAUGUGUGGCCUUUUAUUACAUGUGGAAGAAGUCUGAGCGUUAUGAUUUCUUUGCACAGCAAACCAAACUUGGGAAAAGGAAAUAUAAUCUUCACCCCGGUGUAACAGACUACAUGGACAGGCUAUUGGACGAGACGGAGAGCGCGGCCUCCAGCCGGGCGGCCUCGCCCCCCGCCAACGCCUCCAACAGCAGCACCAGCCAAUCAGAGCGCGAGGACAGCAGCGGUCACAACGGGGAGCGCCCCUCCUGCGCCGACACCGACCCCUCCUGUGGGGGGCGCUCCCAGACGCUGCUGGCCCCCCAGGUCAGAGCAGAGGCGCUCCAGGCCAACGGCCCGCCCCCGCCCCCCCCCCCCCUCUCCACGGACAGUGACUCCAACUCCAACGGCGGCGGCGGUGCCGGCGCCAGCCACGAGCGGAACGGCGUGGAGCCGCUCCUAGAACACAGAGAGCCCGCCCCCCCGGCCCCCCCCGCGGCGGCCGAGCGCCCCCCCAAGAGGUGCCGGACCGAGGCCGAGGCGCCGGGGCCCGGGGACCUGGAGGCCCCGCUGGUCCAGGACAACUGAAGGGCCCGCCGGGCAGCGGAGCUCUGUGAUCCCCAGCCUGGGGCCUGG